AGCAAGCAACCGCCGGCUCGACCAGCACAUCAUCAACCGCACCCCUCAACAUCGCCAACAUGGUCAGCGACCGGCUCUUCCGCUUCCCCAAGCCCGCAUGGGUUAACAGCGCCAACACCCGCACUGCCGGCGUUUAUGCCGCCGGCGCCUUGUUCUCCCUCGGUCUCUUCUUCUUCAUCGAUGCUGCCGCCUACUCAAAGUCCCCUAAGAACGGUUCCGACGUCCACAUAACCUUCGUCGACUGGAUCCCGGCCAUCUGCUCCGCUCUUGGCAUGCUCGUCAUCAAUAGCAUCGACAAAUCGAGACUCAGUGCUGAUAGCUUCAGCUACUCCGGCAAUGGCGUCGCAUGGAAGGCUAGGCUGGUCUUGUUUCUGGGCUUCGCGCUCAUGGCUGGAGGCUUAGCCGGCAGUGUGACGGUCAUGGUGCUAAAAUACGUCGUUCCGGAUUACCCAUUCCCUACACUGUGGUUUGGCGUUUCUAAUGUUGUCGCCAAUGCGCUUGUCAUGCUCAGUUCGGCCGUUCUUUGGGUUGCACAAAACAUGGAGGAUGAGUAUACCUACAACCUCGCUCUCUAAUUCUGAAGGACUGGACUUAUUUCCCAUCUUACAAACCCAACAUGUUUGGACGCACCAGAAGCGUCUUGCACCUUUCAUGAAGUCACGGCGCUUUGGGCGACUGGGGAGUCUCACGGGUGCAUUGCUAAGAGUAUGAGAUAUCUGCCGUUUUUCAACACUGAACACUUUCCACGCGCAAAUCAGUACGAAGUCGAUUGAAUGAGAUGCGUAAUUUAACCGGUCGAACAAUUAGCUUCAUGUAACAUUGUAAGCUUGUAUACCAUGGUUUUUUCAUGGAACGGGCUCCAAGUGGCACAUGAUAGUCCGCAAUCGACGAUCUGUUAAGGGCGC